UUCCAUUAUUUUAAAAUUUCCCCUCUCUUUUCUUUCAACUGCCACUCCGUGUCCAACUCGCGUUUUAGCAGAGACUAAUCGAACUCCAAAAAAGUAGAUACUCUAUAUAAUUUUUCAGAUAUUAUAUAUAAUUACAUCACACGCUUAUAACACAUAGCAUGAAAAUUCAAUCUUCACAAAAAUAUUGAGAUUAAAGUUAUGUUUAGGCUAGCAAUCAGAUUGAAAUUUAGGUUGUUAUAAUUGAAUUGUGUGAGAAGAAAGAAGGUACGUACUAGGAUUUAGGAUGAACCAUGUUGACUUUCAUAAUUGGUUUUGUAAUGUAAUAUGACACUUUGGUGGUUACAUAGCAGAGCGAUGUCGUUUUACAUUGGUCGUGAGGCUUCAAAGCUAUGGAAGAGAGUAUGUGCAGAGACUGCAACAGAAAUCAGUCUUCUUGCGGAGAAUUGGAAGUAUAUUUUUGGCGGUUUGACAUUUCAGUACAUACAUGGACUUGCUGCUCGAGGGGUUCACUACAUACAUCGGCCUGGACCUACUCUUCAGGAUGUCGGCUUCUUUCUUCUUCCGGAGCUUGGUCAAGACAAAGGUUACAUAAGUGAAACUUUAUUCACUACCAUCUUUCUGUCUUUUGUCUUGUGGACAUUCCAUCCUUUCAUUUUCAAGAUCAAAAAGAUCUAUACAGUUCUGAUAUGGUGCAGGGUCUUGGCUUUCUUAGUUGCUUGUCAGUUCCUUCGGAUCAUAACAUUCUACUCUACACAGCUUCCUGGUCCAAAUUAUCACUGUCGUGAGGGUUCAAAGCUUGCCACACUGCCUUCUCCGAAUAGUGUUUUAGAAGUUUUGUUAAUUAAUUGUGAGAUAUAUUUUACCCUACUCACUGUUGUAUUUCAGUUGUUCUUGUUACAAUGUGCUUAUGCGAUCGAUGUUUAUGAAUGUGCAGUUCCUAGGGGGCUGCUUUACGGUUGUGGUGAUCUGAUAUUUUCAUCUCAUAUGAUAUUCUCUCUAGUCUUUGUGCGUACUUAUCAUAAAUAUGGCACAAGAAGGAUCAUAAAACUGUGCGCUUGGUUAGCUGUUAUUGCUCAGAGCAUCUUGAUUGUUGCAUCACGCAAACACUACACUGUGGACGUUGUUGUAGCAUGGUACACAGUUAAUCUAGCAGUGUUCUUUGUUGACAAACAGUUGCCAGAACUGCCUGACCGCACUAGUGCAGCAUUGUUUCUACCACUGAGCAAAGAUAGCAAAACUAAGGAAGAGAAUAACAAACCUUUGAAUGGAAAUUCUGCAGAAUGGUUAUAGAGAAUAGCGUUCUGGAUUGUGUAUAGAUGGGAGCACAGUGCAUGUUGAAGCAGUGACGAACAGUGUAUAGACAAUACAUGGAUUGCAACUAAGCAAAGCUGGUAAAAAGCACUUCUCUUUCAAUAUCAUUACAAGGUUGGUUUAGCAAAUGAUCCCUGGUGUUCCUCUAAGUCCAAUAGUUUUGGUCUAGUGUAGGAAUACAAGAUCAAGGUUCAAUUCUUUUAAUGUCUCUAUGGUGCUCAUGAUUAAAAAGCAAUGGCAUCAAAUGUAUAAUGGAACUCCAUCUUUUUCAGACAAUAAAUUAUCUUUUUCAUUUUGUA